AUGUUGACUUUGGGAACUCGAAGAAUUUUCCAAAAGAAAAAGACCAUUAUGGAUUUUAUAUAUCUUAAUGAAGUUUCCGUUAUUGCGACAAUUUUUGGUGGAUUUAUUGUUGUUUUCGGUCUUGUUUCGUAUUACAUCAAAGAACGGUUAUACCUGUCAGAAUCGUUAUUAUGUUUAAUUGUCGGAAUAAUUAUUGGCCCAUAUGUUUUAAAUGUGAUUGAACCAGAUAAGUGGGGCAAUGUUGACAUAAUUACACGUGAAUUUACUCGUGUUGUAAUCUCCAUUCAGGUAAUGGCUGCAGGUGUGGCAUUGCCCAAAGCGUAUCUUUGGAAAGAACUUAAAUCUCUAACGGUAUUGCUUGUUCCGGUUAUGUCCUGGAUGUGGAUUGUCAGUGCUCUUGCCAUAUGGUUACUCAUACCUAACGUUUCAAUUUUAGAAGCACUUAUGAUUUCUUCAUGUGUCACCCCAACCGAUCCGGUGCUGGCAAAUAGUGUAGUGAAAGGACGUUAUGCGGAAAAACACGUUCCAAAUCACGUAAGGAAUAUUGUUUCAGCCGAGAGUGGUGCAAAUGACGGUCUUGGAUACCCUUUUCUUUUUCUCGCGAUUUAUCUAAUGCAAAUGCCUCCAGGCGAAGCGAUAGGAAAAUGGGUUUACUUUAUAUUAGGAUAUCAAAUAGUUCUUUCUAUUAUAAUUGGAUUUAUAAUCGGAUAUGUUGCACGCAAGUUACUUUACUUUGCCGAGGCUAGGAAAUUGAUUGAUAAAGAAAUCUUUAUGACAUAUGCUAUUGUGUUGGCUUUAUUUAUUAUGGGCGCCGUUUCAUUAAUUGGAAGUGAUGACAUAUUGGCUUGUUUUAUUGCUGGAAAUUCCUUUACUUGGGAUGACUGGUUUCGUAAAGAAACUGCUGAAUCACACUUUCAAGAUGUCAUCGAUUUGUUACUUAACUUAGCCAUUUUCGUUUACCUUGGCACAAUAAUACCAUGGACAUCGUUCGAUAAUGAAGUUUUAGGAUUGUCCUACUGGCGUCUUAUCGUAAUUUCUAUCAUUAUACUCUUAUUUCGUCGCCUUCCGAUAGUAAUGGCUUGUUAUAAAAUAAUUCCCGCUAUUAAGACACAUCGCGAAGGUAUAUUUGCUGGUUGGUUUGGUCCUAUCGGUGUGGGUGCCGUCUUUUAUGCUCAAGUUGCUAAAGAACAAUUUGCAGAAACUGACCGAGUGCGAGAACUUAUCCUUCCAGUUGUUUUCUUCCUUGUAAUUGCUUCAAUCACGAUACAUGGACUUUCUGUCCCAAUGAUAAAAUUAGGGAAGCGUGUAAAUACGAUUACAAUAUCAAGAACUAAAAGUAUUCGUCAGGGCCAACUAGAUGUUUUAACAAAAACAAAAAUAAUCCAAGGAACCCCUUCAACUUCCUCUUCAACCAAAAUCGAUGAACAUGAAAAACCAAUUGCUGAGAAUGAUAUUGUCCCAGAUUUUACAAUUGACAUUAAUACCACAGGUUUAAAUGAAAGAAUUUUAGCUUCGCUUCCACUUGACAUUGAUCAAGAUAGCCACGAAUUUUCAAUUUAUGAGGAGGACGACAAUUACAUUGUUGAAGAUGAAACGGAUGGAAAAGUUUACGUGAUCAAUAAUUCGGAAGCAAAACCUGCAAAACUUCAAGAAGCUUCUACAUCCGACAACGAACCACGAAAAAUUUUUUCCUUAUUUAAAAAAUCUCCCGAACAAAAUGAUCGAUGA